AUGUAUGCGGUCGCAAGACUUGACGGGGUGGGUGAGCGCGUGAUGCAGGCAGUGCUGUACAUGGCGUCUGCAUCGUUUUACAACUUACGGUUUGGUGGCUUCGUGUACAAAGAAUCUUAUGACACUGGGCAUCAUACCCAUGGAAUGGCAGCCGCAGACACACUCCAUCUCAUGACGGAGUACAUGGGCAGCAACUUUUCUGCUUUACGCCUGCGUGUUCCGAAUCCCCGUUUUGAUCACUGUUGGCGAGGAGGGCUAGAAGAAGGAGACAAGUUUAAUUUCGUCGCUGGCGAAACGGCCUUGAUCAACGACGACUGCACCGGAUUGCACGAACGGAAAGAUUUGUUUUUGCUCAACCAGCCUUUUCUCCAACGACUUCGCCAGUCCACAACGCUUCUCGACCGCCCUACGAAGUAUUUUACAGCAGGAAAAGGACAGCUUCGCAUUGCCAUACAUCUUCGCCGCGGGGAUAUACUUCAUACCACGAGAGACUGGUGGCCUGGUCCUGACCGUUUGGUGCCAGAUGCAAUCUACGUGGGACUCUUGAGCCUGCUUAGAGGGAUGUUCGGCCCGGCUGAGAUUCACGUAUUCUCAACAUCCAGCAGCAACUUUCCGAAUGCCAGCUUCAACCGUUUCCGGCAACCAGGCGUGCAUGUGCACCUGGAUGGUGACAUUCUUGAUGACUGGGCGCACAUGGCACAGGCCGAUAUAUUGGCGGUUGCUCCUAGCGGCUUCUCUUGGGUUGCUGGCCUGUUGAAUUCGCGAUGUGUCGUAACUUUCAAAGCCUUCCCGUGGGGAUACCUACCACGCUGGAUACAGCUGAACGAUGACUUCCGACAAGCAGGCCAGCUUCGCUCCUGCAUUCGGGACAAGGGCUUACUCCCGCGAGAGAAAAACGGCAGUUCUUGCUUCGUGGCUUUGACUGAGCAAGCAGUGUACAAGUUCUCCGGCGCUUCCAUGUCGUUGCUUGCAUCCGAAACUCACGCAAAGGUUGCGGCCGUUCAGAGCUCCUUGUCAGCUGUUGAAAGCCAUUUGGCUCCGCUUCUCGCGAAGAAUCCGAAGGAGGUUGCCCGCCAUCUUGGGGCCUUGGAGAAUGCUGAGCUCCAGGCAAGAGUCCGCAGUUUACGUAAUAUGAAGAUCAAGCUGGCCGUGGAUUGA